ACGACGAGAUGUUCCUGGCGAGAUCCUAUCCGAUGCCAUGCACCGGCAGCCGCGUCAAUGAUGGCAGCACUCGCCUGGCAUCCUCGUGGCCGCACAAGCCUCGAGUGGGGGCAUGGCUGCGCAGACUCAAGGAGAGGGCGAGGGUGGAGGCCAAGGCAAAGGCCAAGGCACCCGCACCCGAAGCGUACACAGAAACUAGUGUUGGCAGCGGAUUCAUCGUCAGCAGCACUCAGCGGCUGGUGCUCACGAAUGCUCAUGUGGUGGAUGGUGCAGCGAGAGUGACGCUGCUUCUUCCCGAUGGUCGCCGCUUUGCCACUGAGUCAACCGCACUGCAUCCCUCUGCAGACCUCGCAGUGCUUAAGGUAGUGCUGCUGUCAGGCCCUCUUUCCAGCCUGCACGGGGUUGACGACCCGGCUGUAGCAGGAGUGGAGGGGGUGACGGCUGUAGCAGGAGAGAAGCGGGAGGCAGCUGUAGCAGGAGAAAACGGGGAAGGCUGGUCUGCUGCAGUAGGCAGUGUUGGGGUAGUUGAAGCCACGAUUCCUGUGGAUGGUUCCAGGGGAGUGUGGUCAAAAGAAUCGGGCGAAAAUGACAUUUUCAAGGGAGGAUGGGGAGAGAAACCAUCCGUAGCAGGCACAUUGGGGGAAGCGAGAAGAGAGGUACAAGCGAAAGGAGGGGAGAGAGGAGGGCACACGGACGGAGAGGAGGGAGGAGCGGGCAGCGGGGAAGGAGAGGAGUGGCUCCCAAGUGCGCCCAUUGGUGACAGUGAUGACGUGGAGCUUGCUGAUUGGGUGAUCUCGGUGGGCAAUCCCGUGGGGCUGCCUGGCAGCAUCAGCCUGGGCGUGAUCAGCAGCCUGCACCGCACCGCCGCGCAGGUGAGGGUGUGGUUGAUGGGGGAGGGGGGAAGGGAGGAGAGCAGAUCUACAUGGGUUUACGUGGUGCAGCAUCAGCCUGGGCGUCAUCAGCAGCCUCCACCGCACCGCUGCUCAGGACGGGGUGGAGGGAGGGGAGGAGCAGCUGUGCAUGGGACGUUUGGCAGCGUCAGCGUGGGCGUGAUCAGCAGCCUGCACCGCACUGCCGCUCAGCUCUGCUCGGGGCGAGGGGCAGCAUCCCUCUCCCACUCCCACUUCUCCCUCCCCCACUCCCACUCCUUCCUCUCCCACUCCCACUCCGUCCUCCCCCACUCCCACUCCUUCCUCUCCCACUCCCACUCCUUCCUCUCCCACUCCCACUUCUCCCUCUCCCACUCCCACUUCUCCCUCCCCCACUCCCACUCCUCCCUCCCCCACUCCCACUCCUCUCUCCCCCACUCCCACUCCUUCCUCUCCCACUCCCACUUCUCCCUCUCCCACUCCCUCCCCCACUACCUCCUUCUCCCCCUACUCUCACUCCCUCGAGUUUCCUCUCCCCUCGCCCACCCCUCCCACCAGGUGGGAGUGCCACACCCUUCGCUGCAAUACUCUCAAACCGAACGUGUCACCGACCCAGAGAUCUUUCCUCAUUCCACUCCCACUCCUCCUUCUCCCUCCGCUUCCCUUUCACCCCCCCCCCACCUCUCCCACCAGGUGGGAGUGCCACACUCCUCGCUGCACUUCUUCCAAACAGACUGUGCCAUCAACCCGGUCACCUCUCCUCCUUCCGCUCCCCCUCCCCCUCCCCCUCCCCCUCCCCCCUCCCCCUCCCCCUCCCCCUCCCCCUCCCCCUCCCCCUCCCCCUCCCCCUCCCCCUCCCCCUCCCCCUCCCUCUCCCCCUCCCCCUCCCACUCCCUCUCUCCCUCUCCACCUCUCCCUCCCCCUCCCUCUCUCCCUCCCCCUCUUUCUCUCCCAUCAGGUGGGAGUGCCGCACUCCUCGCUCCACUUCUUCCAAACAGAUUGUGCCAUCAACCCGGGGAGCUCAGGCAGUCCCCUUGUGAACGAGUUUGGAGAGGUGGGUUGGUGCUCCUCUCUCAAUCCUCUGCUGAAGUGUGUGUUGCUGUGUAA